AGCACCUGCAGGAGAGACUGUCGGGAGCUAGUGCUGUCUUCGGGGCCGCAGGCUCGGCGGAUCCGCGAGCCCCGAGCCCUGGCGAGCGCAGCCGUCGGUGCGGGAACCCGGCUCUGCCCCAGCAACCCCACCGAGUGACGUGCGGACGUCUGAGGUGCUGCGCGCUCGCGGUGCCGCGCGGGGACGCACGCUCACUCCCGCUCCUGCGGGAAAGCUCACCCUUCGGUUUUCCGGGGCCAAAGGCCAAGGCCACGAGGAUUCUUGAGCCCGUGGACGCAGUGCAAGAACUUACAACCCGACCCCCUUCCCACCGGCCAGCCGGCGGACGGAGAACCGAGUUACCCCUCUUCGUGGCCGCGCCCUUCUUAGCCGGCUUUGGGGAAAAUGCGGAGGCCGCCGGACCCCAAAGGGUAGGAAAGUGCCGAGUUCGCCGCGGGCCGAGGUCGCGUCCUGACUCCGGGCUGGCGCUGCGUGGCUCUCCAGCCGCGUGGGGGCGGCGGGGCCCUGCCGAGCCCCUGGGGGCGGGGGAGCGGCAGCUGCGAGAGGGAAUAACCCUGGGGUGACCCGCGCGGGCCUGGCCCGCCCCUCCCCCCUCCCGCAGGCCCGGCGGCGGGAAGCGGGUCCCCGAGCCACAGUGGGGAGAGGGAGGCGUGGGCUCCGGACUCUCGGCUGCCGGUGCGCGCGGGCCGGGGGCGCAGCCGGCUCCGGGUCCCUCGCUCGCCUCCUGCGCUCGCAGGAGCGCUCCGAGUGCCUCUUUAGCGGGAGCCAAUAUCCUUUUGUGCUAAUAGGCUUGUCCUCAUUUGCUGCCUAAUUGGACUAUAUAAAGCCAAUAACAGCCGGGCUCUUAUAGCCCGAAGCCAAAGCGCCAAAAUCCGAGGGAAAGCGAGGAGGGGGCGGUGGCGGAGGCGGCUGCGGGGCCGGGGCUCGGCUGCGCCUUCGGCUGCCUAAUCCCAUUUGCCAUUGUACGCGCCCAAUCGCCGUAUACUCCCCGCAUUUAACUUGGAUGACAUUUUGAUUUCAUCAUUAGCAUCCGGCGCCGGACUGACGCAGCCCCAAGCCGGGGACUGCUCGUGCUGCCUCCUCCCCGGGAGCUGCAGCCGCCGCCGAGCCGCCUCGCUCCCCGGGUGCCGCGGCCGGGCCGCUCCCCGCCCUCCCGCACCCCUCCCCCAUGCGAGCCCGCCCCGGCCGGGUCCUCACCCCGCCCUCGCGCCGCUGGAUUUGCGCCCGGGGCGGCCCCCGACUUUGCGCCCCGUAGUUGAGUUCCGUUUAUGGUCUGAUUUCCGGCCGCCCGCCCGCGCACCCGGCCGCCCGCCUGUCCCGCUCCCUCCCUCCCCGGGACCCGGAGGAGAGGGGACCAUGCCGGAGCCCGGGCCGGACGCCCCCGGCACCGCCAGCGCGCAGCCCCCUCCGCCGCCGCCGCCGCCCCCGCCUCCUGCGCCCAAGGAGUCCCCGUUCUCCAUCAAGAACCUGCUCAACGGAGACCACCACCGGCCGCCCCCUAAGCCGCAGCCGCCCCCACGGACGCUCUUCGCGCCGGCCUCGGCCGCCGCUGCUGCAGCCGCCGCCGCCGCCGCUGCCGCCGCGGCCAAGGGGGCCCUGGAGGGCGCGGCGGGCUUCGCGCUCUCGCAGGUGGGCGACCUGGCUUUCCCCCGCUUUGAGAUCCCGGCGCAGCGAUUUACCGUGCCCGCGCACUACCUGGAGCGGUCCCCGGCCUGGUGGUACCCCUACACCCUGACCCCCGCCGGCGGCCACCUCCCGCGACCUGAAGCCUCGGACAAGGCCCUCCUGCGAGACUCCUCCCCCGCCUCGGGCACCGACCGCGACUCCCCCGAGCCGCUGCUCAAGGCGGACCCCGACCACAAGGAGCUGGACUCCAAGAGCCCGGACGAGAUCAUUCUGGAGGAAAGCGACUCGGAGGAGGGCAAGAAGGAGGGCGAGGCGGCGCCGGGCGCGGCCGGGGCGAGCGCGGCGGCGGCGGCGGGGACGCCGGGCGCCGAGGACUGGAAGAAGGGCGCCGAGAGCCCGGAGAAGAAGCCCGCGUGCCGCAAGAAGAAGACGCGCACCGUGUUCUCGCGCAGCCAGGUCUUCCAGCUGGAGUCCACCUUCGACAUGAAGCGCUACCUGAGCAGCUCGGAGCGCGCCGGCCUGGCCGCGUCGCUGCACCUCACCGAGACGCAGGUCAAGAUCUGGUUCCAGAACCGCCGCAACAAGUGGAAGCGGCAGCUGGCGGCCGAGCUGGAGGCGGCCAACCUGAGCCACGCCGCGGCGCAGCGCAUCGUGCGGGUGCCCAUCCUCUACCACGAGAACUCCGCGGCCGAGGGCGCGGCGGCGGCGGCCGCAGGGGCCCCGGUGCCGGCCAGCCAGCCGCUGCUCACCUUCCCGCACCCAGUCUACUACUCGCACCCGGUGGUCUCGUCCGUGCCGCUGCUCCGGCCGGUCUGAAGCCCGACAGGGGAGGGGGAGGGAGCGCCCGGCCCCCUUCCCGGACCCCGGAGGAGACUGGGCCGGGCCGAGGGCGCCGAGACGUCCAGCGGCCUUCGGGAACCGGGGCUUCGACGCGGCCCGCUGCCCCGGCCUCCCCUCCCCCAAUCGGUAGCGUUUUGUAAGUAUUUGCAACGCAUUUCCGUGCAAUUCGUCCCCAAUGGAUUUGAGGCGCUUCCCCCUCUUACUUUUGAUUUCGGGUUCUACUGAGAGAAAGCAGGAGAAAGACAGCAUUCCCGGGCGGGUCACAGAUUUCGGCUGAAAGCUCUGUACGGUGUGCAGCCCCCCCCCCCAAGUUUGCACUGUGCUGUGGCGUUUUGGUCAUAUUUUUAUAGAAGGAAAAUAAGUGCGAAACUCAGAUCCCUCUGGCUUAUUCAUUUUUCCGUACCACUGUUUGCAGAAUCCAACGGGAGAAAGCAUCGGUAGGGUACCAUGUUUGUAUCCGCGUUUCUGGGUGUGGUUCUUCCUCUGCUCCCCUACCCCAAGCCAAGUAACCCCUCACUGGGACCCCACCUCCAGAGGCUUUCUCUCUAGGACCUCCCCCGCAGCUGACCCCUGCAUCCGACUGGCUUUGGGGCCAGAAGAUUUCUAUUAAGUAUUUAAAGGGAAAGACAAGACUGCCAAACAUCAGAACCCAACCCUCCCAACAGGUCCACGCAGGGUUUGAUCUGAGUGGUCUUAUUUAUGAGCAGCAUUUAUUUGGGGGGAUUUCACUUCCUCUGAAUUAUUGUUGAUAUUACUGUCAUGACUUGGCUCCCUGUUUUGAAAGGAUGAUUUCAAUAUUUAAAAAAAAAAAGAACCCGUCAUCCGCUCCCCUUGCCUUUUUUUUUUUUCUUUCUGUAACUGUGGUCCCUAGAUCUGUGCAAUAUUGAACAAAUUUCCUGAAACCCUGCGCCUCUCUCCAUGGAGGGACGCUCAUCUUCUCACCGCUUAGUCGCCAUCAUUCGUUUAGAAAGAGAAGACGAAGCAGGGGGCGGGGGAGGAAGAGGAGGAGGACAGAUGCGGUGCUCUGAGGAGUAAGUUAGGCAUACUGGAGCGCUUUAAGUGACGGACAAUCAAUUUAGGAGAAUUUUAACUUAUUUGAUAAAUGUACAGAUUUCUUGUAAAGUUUGCCCUGCACUGGCAGGGCUCCCGGCUUUGCCACCCUCUCUGUUUCCUUCUGUCUGCUAGGCUACACCUGUUGUUCUGAGAGUUUGUUAACCUUCAUCUCUGCCCGGGUUCAGACCCUUUUUAAAAGAGAGAGAAAACCUCACAAAAUAUUGUUACACUUAAUGUUGUCGUGAAAUUGAAUUAAUUAAAAAAAAAAAGCGAAGCCUUUCGUGUUGGCGGAGUGUGUCACUUCGGGCGCUUGUCCCCGGAGCAGGUGUCUCCGGAACGCCUUCCCGGCACGCGCUCCGGCGGCCUCUGCUCAGGCUGAGUCCCAUCCCCGGCGGCCUCCGCUGUAAUCCGGGAGAAGGCCGAGACAGAGGCCGCUUUGUGCGCCAACGGGGCGCCGUCUCCAUAGUGGCUCCCGCAGCGUGGAAGCGCCCGCCCAAAGAGGGAAGGGGUGAGGACCCAUGCUCCAUCCUGAGAAAGUGAGCAGCGCGAAGCUACAGCCACGAGCGUGCAGACAGCUGGUGUUUCUAAACGGAGGGCUGCGGCCGCCGCUGGGUUACCGAUCCACCGUUCCUUCCAGAGCCCAGCACUGCUAGACGGGCAUCUCUGAACACUAGUCCGCAGGCCAAGAGCCUGCGGUCGUUCCAGUAGCGCCUGGGGAGGUGGAGGGGACCGAGUGAGCUUAUAGUUGCGGGCCUAUAGCUAAACCAGGCUGGAAGAUACUGGACCGCGAGAGGGCAGCCCUGGGGAACCCAACCCAGCCCCAGGACCGGGACCAUGGCUCCCACUUCCAGGUCAGGGUGCUCCCUACCCGGCUUCGAGAGCUGCGGCUCCGCGGGGGCGGUGCGGGCGGGGGGCUGUCCUGUUGCGCCCAGCGCCUGGCAACAGAGGCCGUCUGGCUGGAGUAGCGUCAACAGACAGGACCUUGUACCUUUCUAGCCAGACUCUUCUCUGUCCACC